AUGAAGGUGAAGUAUAUGCUGCGCAGGUAUUUACAGUUGAAACAUCCAGUUAUCUCAAAAUUAGAUAGUGAAAAAAUUAAGAAUUUAAUAGGGACUUUGUAUGAAUUGGGUUACCCUAGAGAUAUACUACUCGAAGAACCAUCACUAUGUAGUUUCUUGCCAAUUACUUUGAAAUAUCGAUAUUCUGUAUUACAAGAAUGUGGAUUACAUCAUAUAUCAUCCCAACAUUUAGCCUCAUAUUUGAAUAUAGUAAAACGGAAAAACAUAGGAGAACUGAAAGCAAAUGGAAUUAUUCCAACAACAUUAAAUAUUGAAAAUAGACUUGCAAGCUACAUGACUCAAUGGCCAACAUCACUUACAACUUUAGUUUAUGGGGGUAUAAAUAUAAAAGAGGUCUUAAGAAUGCACCCAAAGUUGGCUAUGGUGAACUGUUCUACUAUGAUAGAAACCAGAAAAGUACUAGAGGAAUAUGAAGAAGUUCUGCUCAUUAUGAAAUAUUUGAAAAAGCACCAGGAGAUCGGU